UACUGUAAGGGAUUAGUCAGUGCGGGGUCAGCCAGGAAGACCUGAGCAGCGAGGUCUCUGCAUGGGGAACGUGGCAGCGAGCGUGGAAGGAAACUGGGCCUGCCCAAUUGUCCGAGGUCUGGGCUCGGUCCAGAUCCAGCAAAGCCGGUGCAAUCCCAUGGACUCUGGCUUGCAGACUGUCCCUCGGGCCUUCUGGCUCCGCACGCCAGUCCCAGCCCCGGCUCGGGCCUGUUUUGGACUCUGCCCUUGGGUUUCCCUCCCAAAUCCUGACUCAGCCCCUGGCUCCUGCCUUCCCUCUGUGGCUUGACCGUUAGGCGAGACUGCCCAUGACCUGGUGCCUUAAGAACAGACUUGGGAGCCGGUUGGGUAACACGGCAGCGGGGCUCGUGGCUCAGUGUCCAGCCCUGCCACCACGGGCCGCCACGGCCCAUCGUCCCUUCUGCAGGCGCACGUUUGAGGUUUGGGCCCACGGGGAGACUGCUGCGACUCCCCUGCUCUGCCGGCUGGGGAUCCGGUCUGCGGCUCUGCUUUCUGCUCCCAGCCCUGUGCCUGCUGCCCAGUCUGCUGCUCCGCUUUCUUCUCCCUGGCUGGCCCCCUCUUGCCCGAUCUGCUGCUCUGCUUUUGGCUUCUUGCCCUGUGCUCUCUGCUGCUCUGCUUUCUGCUCCCUGCUCCAUGCUCUGUAUCUGAUUUGCACCCCUAUUUUCUGCUCUCUGCCGGGUCUGCUGCUGUGCUGCUUGUCACCUCCCCGCUCUGCCAUGUCACCGCUUGGACUCGGACAACAGGCAGUGCCUGUUCCCGUUAUGUUCGCACCUCCCGUGGGUCCCCAGGCGCCAGCAUCACCAGCCUGACCAUUGCUUUCCUCUCUGACCGCUGCUGCCACCGCCUCGCGGUCACACCUGGGGCCGCAGCGCCCGGGCCCUGUGGGUGAGGGACGGUCUCCUGGGCACGGGGCUUCGGCAGGGACUUGCUGCUGGAGCGGGGGGCCACGGGUGGGGGACUGUGGCUCUCCCCAGGCCGGGCUGGGCCGUGGGAGGCUGGCUGGGGCGGGCGGAUUCCUGCCUCUGUUUGCUUUGGGAUCUGGUGACAGGUUUGCACGCCCGGGUCCUGUGCAGCGGGGCUGCGGGCUCCUCCCCUGCACGGGACUAUAAAUCCCCAGCAGCCGACGACUGGCCCCAGCACUUGCACCCCGUGGGCCAAACGGACAGACGGACGGACAGCUCCUGGCCUGGGCCCGGCUGCCUUCAUUGCACCCACCCCAUCGCCCGUCGUCUCCCGCGCGUUCCCCCCAGGGACGUGAGAAGAUGGGGCCGGUCGCUGGCAUCAGCCUCGGCCUCCUCGGCUGCCUCAUGCUCCAGCUGUCGCUGGCCGGGGCUCAAGGCGCAGGCUGUCCCCAGGGCUGGGACAACUCCGACGGCGGCUGCUACAGGUACUUCUCCCAAGAGCUGAGCUGGACGCGUGCCGAGACCCGGUGUCGGCGCUUGGGGAAGGGGAGCCACCUCGCCUCCCUCCACGACAAGUGGGAGCACCGCGCCGUCGCCGCCCUCGUCAGCCGCCAUCAGCCGCACAGUGACGAGGACGAGGAUGGCGACGACGUCUGGAUCGGAUUCUGGCUGCCGGCGGGGGGCCAGCGCUGGCAAUGGACGGACGGCUCCGCCACAGACUAUGAGGCCUGGCACAAGGACAGCUCGGAGGACUUGUAUGACGACUCGGAUUCGGACUCGGAUGAGGUCUCUCCCAGAAAACAGCUCUGCGUCACGCUGGAGGAAGACUCAGGGUACCGGACGUGGGGCAGCACCUCCUGCGACGACAAGAACGCGUUUGUCUGCAAACUCACGGCCUAGGGCAGCGCUCGUCUGCGCCACGACGGCUCCCGGGCCCCGGGAUCAGGUGGAUCUGGCCUCUCUGCUUCCCCACGGAGCCGUGUCCUCGGCCGCCACGUCCCUACUCUGAAUCAAUAAACUUCCCUUUGAGCAUCUA